CCCUUUGCUUUUAGCCCUCACCGGGGCAGGAGGGACCAAGGCUGGGCCCAGAACUCAUAGUCCUAGGGUGACAGUGAAGGGGUAGUGAGGGGACAGUGACUCCCUUCCAACCCCUUCUUCAUAGGGACUGUUGGCAAACAAAGAAAAUCAACUGGGAAAAUGAAGACUUGCUGGAAAAUUCCAGUUUUCUUCUUUGUGUGCAGUUUCCUGGAACCCUGGGCAUCUGCAGCUGUCAAGCGUCGCCCCAGAUUCCCUGCCAAUUCCAAUUCUAAUGAUGAAAAUGAACUCUGUCCUAAGAUCAGGAUUGGCCAAGAUGACUUACCAGGGUUUGAUCUGAUCUCUCAGUUCCAGGUAGAUAAAGCAGCAUCUAGAAGAGCUAUCCAGAGAGUAGUGGGAUCAGCUACAUUGCAGGUGGCUUACAAGUUGGGAAAUAAUGUAGACUUCAGGAUUCCAACUAGGAAUUUAUAUCCCAGUGGACUGCCUGAAGAAUACUCCUUCUUGACGACGUUUCGAAUGACUGGAAGCACACUCAAAAAGAACUGGAACAUUUGGCAGAUUCAGGAUUCCUCUGGGAAGGAACAAGUUGGCAUAAAGAUUAAUGGCCAAACACAAUCUGUUGCAUUUUCAUACAAGGGACUGGAUGGAAGUCUCCAAACAGCAGCUUUUUCAAAUUUGCCCUCCUUGUUUGAUUCCCAGUGGCAUAAGAUCAUGAUUGGCGUGGAGAGGAGUAGUGCUACUCUUUUUGUUGACUGCAACAGGAUUGAAUCUUUACCUAUAAAGCCAAGAGGCCCAAUUGACACCGAUGGCUUUGCCGUGCUGGGAAAACUUGCAGAUAAUCCUCAAGUUUCUGUUCCAUUUGAACUUCAAUGGAUGCUGAUCCAUUGUGACCCCCUGCGGCCCAGGAGAGAAACUUGCCAUGAGCUGCCAGCCAGAAUAACGCCCAGCCAGACCACUGACGAGAGAGGUCCCCCGGGCGAGCAGGGUCCUCCAGGGCCUCCGGGCCCCCCUGGAGUUCCGGGCAUAGACGGCAUCGACGGUGACCGAGGUCCUAAGGGUCCCCCGGGCCCCCUGGGUCCUGCAGGUGAACCGGGAAAGCCAGGAGCUCCAGGCAAGCCUGGCACACCUGGCGCUGAUGGAUUAACAGGACCUGAUGGAUCCCCUGGCUCUGUUGGGCCAAAGGGACAAAAAGGAGAACCUGGUGUGCCUGGAUCUCGUGGAUUUCCAGGCCGUGGUAUUCCUGGACCCCCUGGUCCUCCUGGGACAGCAGGACUCCCUGGAGAGCUUGGCCGUGUGGGACCUGUUGGUGACCCUGGGAGAAGAGGACGACCUGGCCCCCCUGGCCCCCCAGGACCCAGUGGAACAAUUGGCUUUCAUGAUGGAGAUCCAUUGUGUCCCAAUGCCUGUCCACCAGGUCGCUCAGGAUAUCCAGGCCUACCAGGCAUGAGGGGUCAUAAAGGAGCUAAAGGAGAAAUUGGUGAACCAGGAAGACAAGGACACAAGGGUGAAGAAGGUGACCAGGGAGAACUGGGAGAAGUUGGAGCUCAAGGACCUCCAGGAGCCCAGGGUUUGCGAGGCAUCACCGGCAUAGUUGGAGACAAAGGGGAAAAAGGUGCUCGGGGCUUAGAUGGCGAACCUGGGCCUCAGGGUCUUCCUGGUGCACCUGGUGAUCAAGGACAGCGAGGACCUCCAGGAGAAGCAGGUCCCAAAGGAGAGAGAGGGGCUCAAGGUGCUAGAGGAAUUCCUGGUCUUCCUGGGCCCAAAGGAGACACGGGUUUGCCAGGUGUGGAUGGCCGUGAUGGGAUCCCUGGAAUGCCUGGAACAAAGGGUGAACCAGGAAAACCUGGGCCUCCUGGUGAUGCAGGAUUGCAGGGGUUACCAGGUGUACCUGGAAUUCCUGGUGCAAAGGGUGUUGCUGGUGAAAAGGGUAGUACAGGUGCUCCAGGGAAGCCUGGUCCAAUGGGAAAUUCAGGCAAACCGGGCCAACAGGGGCCUCCAGGAGAGGUGGGACCCCGAGGACCCCGGGGGCUUCCUGGCAGUAGAGGAGAAUUAGGACCAGUGGGAUCCCCAGGCCUACCAGGUAAACUGGGUUCUCUGGGUAGCCCCGGCCUCCCUGGCUUGCCUGGGCCCCCUGGACUUCCUGGAAUGAAAGGUGACAGGGGUGUAGUCGGUGAACCAGGUCCAAAGGGUGAACAGGGUGCCUCUGGUGAAGAAGGUGAAACAGGAGAAAGGGGGGAACUUGGAGAUACAGGAUUACCUGGCCCAAAGGGAUCUGCAGGUAAUCCUGGGGAGCCUGGCUUGAGAGGGCCUGAGGGAAGUCGGGGGCUUCCUGGAGUGGAAGGACCAAGAGGACCACCUGGACCCCGGGGCGUGCAGGGAGAACAGGGUGCCACCGGCCUGCCUGGUGUCCAGGGCCCUCCGGGUAGAGCACCAACAGAUCAGCACAUUAAGCAGGUUUGCAUGAGAGUCAUACAAGAGCAUUUUGCUGAGAUGGCUGCUAGUCUUAAGCGUCCAGACUCGGGUGCCUCUGGGCUCCCUGGAAGGCCUGGCCCUCCUGGUCCCCCUGGCCCUCCUGGAGAGAAUGGUUUCCCAGGCCAGAUGGGAAUGCGUGGCCUUCCGGGCGUUAAAGGGCCCCCUGGUGCCCUUGGUUUGAGGGGACCUAAAGGUGACUUGGGAGAAAAGGGGGAGCGUGGCCCUCCAGGAAGAGGUCCCAAAGGUUUGCCUGGAGCUAUAGGUCUCCCAGGUGACCCAGGCCCUGCCAGCUAUGGGAGAAAUGGCCGAGACGGUGAACGAGGCCCCCCCGGGGUGGCAGGAAUUCCUGGCGUGCCUGGACCCCCGGGACCUCCUGGGCUUCCCGGUUUCUGUGAGCCAGCCUCCUGCACCAUGCAGGCUGGUCAGCGAGCAUUUAGCAAAGGGCCUGACCCGUGAAAGGCUUAGUGCUGCAUGACUCUCUGCAUGAACCACACCUUGUGAAGGAGCUUGGGGGAUAAACACCACCCAAAGCUGGGGCAAAGAUGAUUACCGUCAGCAUGAUUACAAUGUAUUACCUUCAGCAUGAUUACGGAAGUCCUACUUGACAAUCCGUAAUUUAGAAGAACGGUGCUAUUCAGUAAGUUCUCUUUCCUUUCCCUUGGAGGGAAGAGAGCAGAGUCAUCAGUUAAAAAAAAAAAAAGAAAAAAAACCAAACACGUCCCUUGAAUAAAUUUAUACUCCUGUUCCCAGGAUCUUGAGCUUUAGUGUGCUAUACCUAUGUGUCUUAUCGCGGGCCACUGUGCCAAUAAACAAAAACAACUGUUUGGUUUACCUCAGUUGCAGUAGUUACUUUCAUUUAGAUGUUGUUCUCAGAUUAUUGUUUCAGUUAGAUAGAGGAUUACUAGACUAGUUAUGAAAAAACCCCACUACAUUCAAUAGAAUUGGUGCUUAAAAUCCCAUCGAUGUGCUGUCUCUGGAGUAAGAAAGGGCUACAUCGCCCAAAAUGAUUUCCUUAUGUCACAUAUUGGUUUUCUUCUUCAGCCUGAACUUUUGUUGAACUGUGUGUACUGUACCCCAAACCUGUUAAUAUUUCGACCGCUUCUAUGUGAAAGCAAAGAAAUAAUUUUAGUACUCUGGCAUUCGUAAAUUUUAUUGAUGAGAUUAUUUAUUUUAAAGGUUUGAGGUAACAUCUCUGGUUGUACCAAAGAAGAAAUAAAUAUGGUUUCUUAAUCUCUUGCAUGUUUUCUUAUAAAUAAUCAUGUUCAAUGAAAAGAAGUCACUGAGCUUAUUUAGAUACAUUAAACGUUACUUAACUACUGGUUCUAUAGGUGUGUGUUUAUAAUAUUAGUGUUUUUUCUACAUAGAGUAAUUAUAAAAGCUGUUCCACAGAGGGUGUUACCCUGUGACAGAUGUGUGUGUGUGUGUGUGUGUGUGUGUGUCUGUGUGUGUGUUUUAGUGUGUGUGGGGAGUUUCAUGGACCUUUUUGAAAUGUUAAUUCCCUAGAAAGAUGUGCAGCUGCAUAUGCAUCUAUAUUUUUGUAUAGUAGUUCAGAGAUUUCAUGGACUUUUUUAAGUCUAGCCUUGCUUUAUUUCUAGGUUAAGAACCACUGCGUUCAUUCCAGUGGUUUGUUAGCUCCCUCCUACUCAGAACUUUAUUGCAAACAUGAUUUAUGUUUCACCAUUUCUUGUAAAUUUUAUAAAGGCAGCUAAAGCACUGUAUUCUUAACAAGUAUUUCCUGACCACUUAAGCACUUUAUUAUUAUGUAAUCAUAUUGACUUGCUGUUUCAUUAACAUCUACUUAACUAUCCAACAGACUUAAUAUAUUCAUUUUAUAUCACAGAGCCUAUGAGUAACCUGUGCUGGGGCAUAGAACAAUAGCUUAACAUAGUAUCUUUAGUUUAUGGAACUAAAUUCUGUCAAGUCAAAGGAGACUAAGCCCUAAUAUAAUACUUAUGUAUUUUUUUCUCGUGUACUUUUAUACAUUUAAAAAUUCUAGUCCUAGUUGUUUGGUUAAAUCAAUCAUUAUGUAAUCUGUAUUUGGAUUUCUUUAAAACUGCUUACAGCAUCUAGUUUUAUGCUUCUAGCAUGAAUUUUGCUUAAGAAGAUUCUUUGCCAUAUAGAUCAAUGCUAUUUACAUAGACUGAAAGAAUGUUCUUUCCCUUUUUUCGAACAUGAUUUUUGAAAAUAAAGGUCUCUGUUAUAGCUCCCUAAAACAAUACAAAAAAAGGCAAACUUUUUCAGGAGCUGUGAUACAUAAUGAAAUAAAUGCAUAGAAAUUA